GGCGUAGCGCUGAUCCCCGGGGGCGGAUCUUUGGAUAAGUUUUUGGUUUCUACUAAAAUUCUUCUUGUGGAACCACUAGCCAUACCUAACCUUUAAAAAUACUGCAAGGAAAUUUUCGAAUGGGAAAAAGUUACAUAAGAUAAAGGAAAUUGCAACGAUUCAAUUGAUUCACAUUUAUCGUCUUUACUGGCAAAUAUGAUGAGAUCGACUGGUUUUGCUUUAGUAGAAUUUUUUUAUGUCUUCGAUUGCCCGAAUGAUAAUUUUGGUGGAAAGAAAUUUUGAGAAAUUUUUAAUUUUUUUAUUUGACAAGACCAAUUAUUGACAAAUGACAGAUCGCAUUGAUAGAUUUUUAUUUUUUUCACUUUGGUGUUUUCUGUGUAUCUUUGUUUAAUACCUAGGAAAUAACAAAGACAAAAAGAUAAUGGUUGAUAUACACCACUUUAUUUGAUUAGGCAGGCAUAAAAGACCAAAAAUGAUGUGGCAGCACUGUUUUUAACAACCACUUCUUGAAACGUUGUUGCCAAUUUUAUAUUUAAUAAUUAUAAAUGAGUUUAUUGUUUAAUUAAGAUUACAAUAAUAAUUUAUAAUAUAUUUUUUUAAAUUUAAAACAAUAUACUAACAAUCACAUUUGGCAACAUGGUUUUUAUUUCGUCAAAAAUAAAAAAAAGCCAAAAAGUGAAGUAAAAAAAAGAAGAACACAAAAUCUGGCAAUCCUGCUCUGACACAGUGUUGCCAAAGCUACCCCGUUGUACCCCGUUCGGGGUCACUGUAGUUCGGGGUAGAUCUACCCCUUUCGAAAACAAUCUCGCCCUUCCGCUCCCCUCAACUAAAUCUACCCCGCUCUAAAUACAAUCUAUGCUAUAACACAAAAAGAAUGCUUCUGCUUAUCGCUAAUUAAAAAUACUUGAUAAAUCCAAACCAUUUAGAGAUUCCUUCCAGUGUCUCCUUUGAAUUUCUGUGAUAAUUGAUGCAUGAUGCAGAAAAAUAUUAAUUAGCGAUUCAAUAGGUGAAAUCGGUGUUUUUUUUUGUCCCGUUACUUUUACAUUUCAAAAGCGCGCCUAUGAAUUUGGGACUGUUUAAUCGCAUGAACCUCAAGGAAAGCAGCGAAAACAAGGGAAUGUACGGAGAAUGGACGUCCCUGAGUUUGGCAGGCCAAGAAGGCGGAGAGGAAGGACAAAGCGUCCUGGAAAAAUUCGAUUUACCAAUAAGCAAAGAAAUAACUUUAGGCCUUGUCAAGCAGUUGGCAAGUAAUUUGGGUAUCACCCAAGCACCAGAACCCAGCGUUUUGUUAACAGACAGAGAAGUGCAAUGGUCAAUGGAAGUCUUAUGCUUUGGCCUGUCUUUACAAUUAGCAGAACACGAAGCAAUUAAAGAUUGUGUAAAUGUGUAUUGCGAAUGGUUAACAGCCUUGUUGCCAGAACCCAAAGUUUGUGUACCCAAACCUGUCGUAGAGGACCCAAACAUUUAUGCUAGAAAAAUUAUAUCUCAUCUGCAUUAUUUAUUUGUACCUAGAAAGGGAGAAGGUCCAGACACAAUUCACAGACAAGCAGUUCUAUGUCACAGAGUGCUACGUACCCUACAAGAAAUAGCCCACAAAUCUAACGUUUUAGAUAGAGACACUUGGGAAUCACUUUUGCUAUUCCUGUUGGCCAUAAACGAUAUUCUAUUGUCACCGCCAAAUGUGAAAGACGAUGUGGCCGAUCAGCUUUGUGAAAGGGUUUUAAGUGUUUUAUUUGAAAUUUGGUUAAUAGCUUGUGGAAGUUGUUUUCCAUCACCUCCUUUAUGGAAAACCUUGAGGGAAUGUUGCAUGAAUUGGAGACACAGGGUGGCACUUGUUGAGCAAUGGAAUCGAGUGAAUCUUGCCUUGACAUCAAAAGUUUUAGUUUUUAUGUACGGGCCAGAUUUUCCUGAACUUAAAAUUGGUGAAGACAACUUGAUACCAAGAAACAUGUCAAACGACUGCAUUGCACAAAGUUGGUACAGAUUUUUAAAUACCAUUGGCAAUCCAGUUAGUUUAACUAAACCAGAGCUUAUAAGUCAGACUCAAAAGUUUCUACAAUUUGCCAUAAGCACUGAUGGAGUUGUGGACCCCUGUCAGCAUCCUUGCCUGCAACUUUUGCCUGUAAUUUUUUUAAAGGCCAUCAAAGGAAUAGCGGGACAAGUUGAUGCUUUUUUGGGCAUUGCACACCCAAUCUGGUGGGACACGAUGGUUAUGGGAACCAGCACGGAAAAGUCACGUGGCGAGGCGCCACCUCCUCCAAUGGUGACCGCCCACCAUUCACCCACUCCUCCCACCCAGCGCAGGCUGGCUAAGAGUUUUAGCGUUGCACAGUCUUCGGUGUCUAAGGGUAUGCCUAAAUCUUCAUUGAUCGGCCUGACUAGUAGCAGAGCAUCUGUACCAUCACCAACACCCAGUAUUAAUACAGGAACCAAUUCUACUAAUAUUGGAUCCUCUGUCACAUCCUUCGGACACGAAUCAAAAUCAUCCCUGGCACCAGGAAGACCAAAAUGCAACACAAUUCUGCAUUUAUUCGGAGAAUGGCUAUUUGAAGCCGCAUUUAUCGGUUGCGAACUCCAAACUCAACACAGCAGGCAAUCGAGCGGGUCCUUUAAACGUCCCAGCUCGAUGGUUUUGGAGAGCGGCAAAACUUCCCUGAGCUAUUCGCAGCCCAGUUCCCUAUCUGACACUGAGCUACCUGCUGGGCUGACUAUUGACAAGUACGAGAGCGGAAGGGCUGAAGCAUUAGGGACUUUGUGUAGGAUUUUUUGCGCUAAGAAAACUGGAGAAGAAAUUAUGGCAGUUUAUUUGGCCAGAUUCUAUUUAGCCAUCACUCAGGGUCUUAAGUCCAACACUAAUUCGAAGGAAUGUGGAGAAUGCAUGGUUGCUAUUUUGAUGAAUUCAAUCAACAUAUUUAGCUUGGAUUUGGAUGGUGUCAGAACACUUAUUCCAGCUUAUGUAUCAGCCUUAGAAGUGGUCUUACCAGACAAAGACCUCAAACUGUCUAGUACUGUCAACAAAGUUGAACUUAGAAGGGCCGCUAUUCACCUGUUAAUCUCGAUUUUAGUGUUGCCUUUGCAUUUCCAAAAUUGCCCCAUUAAAGAGUUAUAUAAUCAUGCAGGUGCAAGCGACAAGACAAUAUCAUUUGCCAUGCUGAAACCCAAACUGAUGAAUCUCCUGAUGAACGCGUUACAAGUGGAGUUCGAUCCUCAGAACACUCACAUGCUGUUGGGCGGGUUAUUUUUGUCCGUACAAGAUUCCGCUCUUUAUGAAAUUGCUGAACAUAUUACGCAACCUAUUAAUGAAAGUGCUUCGAAUUUAUUGAGCAGUGCUUCGGACACUGCCAGUACCAUUAGCAUGGCUAGCAGCGAUCGCUCUAUCACACCAGAUCGAAGAUCUGGAUCAGCCGAUAUUCACGAUGCACCGCUAGAUUCUGCUCAUGCUCUAUUCGUCAGAGCCACUUAUUUGGUUUGUCACCGGCUGAUUUCUUCAUGGAAAACGGAUCUGAACGUUUCUUUGGCUGCUUUGGAACUUUUGUCUGGAUUGGCCAGGAUACAUAUUAAGGAAUCUGAUGCAAUGGAAUGCAAAAGAGCAGUAAAAUGGCUCUGCGACUAUAUUGUCUACCAAUGUUCGAGACCACCCCAAGCCCACUCCAAAGAUCUACACUCUACAAUUGUGGCAGCAUUUCACUGUUGCUCCGUGUGGCUAUGCGAACACCCAUAUCUUUUGAAAGAUAAAGAUUGUCUUACAACGGUGCUUGAAGUGUGUGAAUUAGGCGUAUCCGGGAGUAAAUCGGUGGGAAAACCUGGAGAGCCAAUCAAAAUGAAGGAGGAAAAAGAACUCAAACCCGCUUCGAUGAGAGUUCGCGAUGCUGCCGAAAGUUUGUUGACUUGUAUUUUGGAACAGGUGGCUUAUUUUCCUAACCAAUGUGGACCUGAAUCGAUUAAUUCUUUGUUAAAUGAAGUCUCGUUGUUAAGACAAUGCAGCUCCUCAAAUGCCAAUUACAAUGACCUAUCAAAUGCAGUGGAAAAAUUCAGAUAUUUCGUUACAGAAGGUUCAGUUAUGCUGGCGUUAUUAGAAGAACCAUUAGGAAACGACCAGGAUCCUCAACCUACAGUUACCUUACUAAUCCGCGGUCCUUUCGGACGUCACGCUUGGACUAUGCAAUUACGUCACUUGCCACGUCAUAAAUCCGGUAUAAAAUCUUAUUCUUCAAACGCUUGUCGGCCUGUAGCUAUGCAAGAUGCACCUGUACGUGUUCAGGUCAAGCAGAAGUACUUUCCUGAUAGUGUGGAUCGCGUGCAGCACUGUCAAGUUGACCAAUCAAUCCCUACUCUGGAAUCUUUACUUGAAAAUAAUAUUAGUCUCAAGGAAGAAAGUAAUCUGAUAAGUCAAUUGAUCGACCGGCAAAGUGCUGUGGAAUCAAAUUUGCACAAAAUGCAAAACAAUUGUCCAGAAGAAUGUGCUCCACCUCCGGUGUGUCAUGAAUUCCAGACUGCCAGGCUCUUUUUGAGUCAUUUUGGACUCCUAACUUUAGAUGAAGAGGACACACCUCAUACGACCCCCAACUUAGUGGCGCUGGACAGUAGCCAAAACGAGUUUUGCAAAGACUUGCAAAUUUUAGACCAAAUGAGCCCUAGAACGUGCGACACUGUCCAUAUGUUUUAUGUUAGAUCGCAACAAACUAACGCUCAAGAUAUUGUAAAUAAUAUGCUCAAUCCGAAUCUGAUAUCGCCGCACUUUUUUGAGUUUAUUCACACAUUGGGAUGGCCAGUUGAAAUUCGAAAACAUCCAGGUUGGACUGGUCACGUUUCGACAUCCUGGAAAGAUCUACCAGAAGGAGAGCCGCUCCAAAAUCAAAGCUCCAAACAAAGAAGCUAUGAUGGCACUAGUCAUAUUUUAUAUUGGGCUGAUGCGUGCUCUGAAAUCGCUUUUGUGAUACCUUCCAGCCUUAAAUUAACUGAUUCACAUGCUAGAUUUAAUGCCAGCACUUUGUCUUCCUGGAACGAUAAUUCCUGGUCUUCAGACAAUUCGAAAAGGACACACAGUUUGGAGUCGGACAAGCAACCAGUGGCUCCUAAAAGGGGCAAUAAAUCUAAUAUUCAUCCAGAUACAAAUACUAAAAUAAUGAUUGUUUGGCUGGAGAGUUUCGAGGAUCAUUUGAGUUUGCCUGUAGGAGAGUUAUUGGAAUCUAUGAAUACGGGUUUGGAAAAAUCCCCAAUGAAAACCAGCGAAGUUUUAGUUAUUUAUCUUCAACUUUUAUCUACUGGUCUUUUAAGAGUACAUUUGCAAGGUCCUUCUGGUAGAGUAAGCCUGGCGUCUCCAUUAGUGGAUGGCAUGAUUGUCAGCAGACGAAGUUUGGGUUCUCUUGUAAGGCACACCGCUUCAAAUAUGGCUAGACGAAGAAGAUUAGAUUCUGACAGUUAUCAGCCUCCACAUGUCCGCAGAAGACUGAAAAUUCAAGAAAUCGUACAAAAGUGCAAGAGGGAAAUGACAAAACCUGAAUUGUUGACUUAUUUGUUUAGCAGCACCUAAAUCUAUUAGUGCAGUAUUGUUAUUUUUUAUUUAGUAGUUAGGAUUUAAAAGAAAGAAAAUCUAAUUUAUUUUUUGUACAAAGGCGCUAAAAAUCAAUUUUGUUGAGGACUAUCUAGCACAAGAAAAUAUAAAAUAGGUACCUACUUUCCACAAUAAUUUUGUUCAGGAAAAUUGAGUUUUCGGACUUGCACUUAGUAGGAAAUAUUAUCUGUUUUUUAUGUUAACUUUUUUCGUACCCUUCUAGUAUUGUUUAUCGAAAAAAAAAAUUCUUGCCCUUGUGAUUUUAAAGGCAGGAACUAAAAUGAAUAAUAAUUUGUUCGGGUUAACUGGAAAGGUGUGUAAUAUUUCAAUCUUAUUUUUAUUAAUUGAUUAUUAGUUUACUGUAGGUACUAACUAGAUUACAACAGAAUAUUUUGCUUUUAAGUUGAAUAUGGUAAGCUUCUAUUGGGUAUCUAUUCCAGGUAAAAUAUUCCCAGCAGCAUAAUGAAAAGCCAUUAGAAGUAUGGUGCAUUGUUGGCAAUGAUGGUGCCAUACCUAUGCAUGCGCACUGGUAAUAGUGAGGCAUACAGCCAUGUUGCAGCAUACGUUUUGCUGCUGAAUAUGCAAAUAAAAAGAAGGAAGAGACAUCAUGCACCGAUGUACGUUCUCUUUGGUCAGCGCCAUCAACUUCAGGCCAAAUACCUAUUGUGCCAGUGCGAGACAUGAAUUGGGGAAAACCAUUCACAGUAGUAGAACAAAAAGAUGUGAUAGCGCUUAACGUAGAAGAAAUAAGAGAUAUGUUGCAGGAUAUAUCUGAUACAGAAGAAACAUCUGUGCUGAUGAAGGUUGUGGAACCAUUUGCCGAAAAGGUAGCUGCAGGUGUAACUUCUUUACCUCUACUGCCAUCCGUCCUAACUGCUAUUUAUGAUGAAGUACAUAUUAAAAAAAGUACAUAUUAAAAAAACCCAUGGAUAAAUAGAGAGCAAAGAACUAUAAUAGAGAAAUUGACAAGAAAGCAGAGUAAAAACCAGAAUUGGUAUAUUCAAAGAGCUGGAAGAAUAACAGCAUCAAAGCUAAAACUGGUUUGUAGGACAAACAAAAACAAACCAUCGUUAUCCUUGAUAAAAUCCAUUUGCUAUCCGACAAAAAUAAUACAUACAUAAUACAAAAGCAAUCCAAUGGGAAUUGUCACAUGAGAAUGUUGCUGUUGAACAAUACAGAGCUGAAAUGAAAAAAGAAAACUAUGACGCAUUGACUAUCAAUGAAGUCGGACUUAUUGUGAGUACUAGGUGGCCGCAGUUUAGAGCAUUUCUAUUUUCUAGACAGAUUUUUUACCAGAGAUGAUGGCGAGGCCAAAAUUUUACGUUGGUGUGUCUGUAAAGGUGUAGAUGAUGGAAGACCAAUGAUCGAGUGCUUUAGAGAUGAAUCUGGGACCAAGUGGUUUCAUUUUGGUUGUGUGCGAUUAGUAGACACUCCCAAUAAUGUCUGGUAUUGUCAAAAUUGUGAGGAACAAUAAUUUUAGAUCACAGUGGAAAAGAAAAUUCACAUAGGGGAUAGCGCUCAAUGAAUAAAAUCUAUCUAAGCUUAGCAGAUGACUAUGUUUCAAUUACACAGGAUUGUGAUUACCUGAAGAUUGUUUAAAUCUUCUAUAGAACUAUUGGUAAGCUAUCUAAUUGAGGCAGACUUCUAGCCAAGAACCCACAACAACUGUUUGUUAGCUUCAAUAUGCUAUCCUGGAAAACACCGAGGAAGGCCCACAAACUACUCUAAAUGCCUUCAUACUAAAACAUCGGUCUAGCUAGAACUAAACACGAAUACAAAUGCACUAAAAUGGAGCACCUCUAGAAAAUAUGGAAUGCCCCUCUCCCAUAAGUCCCAUACCUCAAUAGUCAUCUUUUCACAAAUGCAAAUAUCGACCCAGAAAUUCAACAUCGACUGAAGUGCGCCAGCGCAGCUUAUAGACGUCUCUUAAAGAGGGAGCUUGAAAACCACCAAAUAAGUACCCAAGCUAAGCUCGCACAUUAAUGCCCAUCAUCAUACUCUACCUUUUCAGUCCACUAAAACCAAAAAGGAAACAUGACAGAGUGGAACGGGGCGUAAUAGGCAGACAGUAACACAUUCUGUGAGACACAGACCGCUAGGUUUCGCAUCAGAAAUACAGAGUGGCCGCACAUUCAAUGUGUUUGUCCUAUCUUAAUUUGAAUUAAAGUAUCAGUAUAUAGCCCCAAAAACUUCACACAGAUUCAGUAGUGCUCUUAUAACCAAGGUUUCUUGAAGAGAACACCAGUUUUUGAGUCUUGUCCUUCCCUAUUAAGCAGUGGCCUGUUAAACUUGAAUCAGGCUUAAGCCCCUAAUAAUUGAGCAUUCACCGACGAAUAAAAGAUACAAUCAUCAUCUUAUUCUUUAUAUAAAUCAAAAGAUAGAAUACAAUAAAAAUACGCUUUCGAAUGUGAAAACUAUAAGGGAAUUAUAGGUGGAGAAAGAUUAAUCAAAGCACAACAUACAAUAAGAGUUUUAUCUAGCAUACUAUACUUUUCAGUUUCAGUGUUUCCCCUUUUCAACAUACUUAUUGGGAUAAUGCCUUUAAAAAUAUUGAACUUAUUUUUGAGCAUGACAAUAAUUCUCUCUACGUGAACUCUAACAUGAGCAAUGUGCCUUGUUUCUUCUCCUUCUAAAGGAUGUAAUUGGCUCUUACCUUUGGUACAAGCAGCAGUAAUUAGCUUUUCCUGCAAUACUCCCACAGUUUUUGGUAUUAAAAAACCCUUAUCUGCUAAUAUUAUAUCUCCUGGUUUAAUUUUAGCACAAAAAUCACUAAGCUCCACAACAGCCUUAUCUGAUGCACAACCCCCCCAAGCAUCACUUAUGUAGCACACAGAACCUUGUGGUGUUAUUCCAAUUAGAAACUUUAUAGUAUGAUGAUGCCUAUAAUAAGACCAGCACUGUUUUUGAGUCAAUAAAUCAGUAGGUCUUUCAAUAAGAAUUUCAAUGCAAUCUAAAAUGACUGUUGUUUUAUCAUGAAACGUUUCUUUGAAACAAUAUGGUACAGUUUUCAAAAUUGACUGAUUUGGCCAUAUGAUUAGUGAUUUCAAUUUGCCGAACAAAAUAUUUAUCAUAUGGUUAAAAUAGGUAGAGGCAGUGGUUGCAGAAAUUUUGAAUCCACGGGCUAAAUCUUUAAAAUGUAAAUCUAGUCUCAAUUUGAUUAAGGUAAGCAAAAGCUGAUUAAAAUUACUUAAUGCUAAAGAGGUAGUUGAACAAAUAAAUGGUUCUAUUUGUUUAAAAAUAAUCACUACUAGUUUAUGUUUAAACCCUGUAUAAUAUUCCCACUUAUCAUCACGUGAUUCUUCGUCCAAAAGGCCAAAAGGUGAUAUUUCCAAUGUGAGAGCAGUUGGGGUAGAGACUCCAGUCUUCAUAAUAUAUUCAAUUUGAUCAUCCUGAGACUGCUGAGGUCUGUUGUUCUCUAUAUCGAUCACCUG